UAAGAAUGUCAUCUCCGAAUUUCAAUAACAUCACUGUCAUUGGAUGUAUGUUGGCUUACUUGGAAAUAUUUUUGUUGGCCCGCGGUACCUCUGGCUCAGCGGAACACUUGAACCAUGCUAUCCUUUGCAAUGUUACUGUCUGGCUUCUGACCACCAGUUUUACCUUCGCCUUUGGUGGCAUUUUUGUUAAAACCUGGAGAGUUUACAAAAUAUUUACCAACUAUCAAUUGAAAAAGGAGAUCCCCAAUUUGGGUAGUAUCAGUCUUCUCGCAAUACUGUUGGCCGGUUGGUCUAUAGACGUCAUCUUCCUGUCAACUUGGACAUCUGUUGACCCAUUGACGACGAAAUUCGUGAUAAUUUCCAAGACGGUUGACAAUAAUGACCCUGACCUCGAGGAGGAACUUUUAACCCGUCAGUGUACUUCUCACUACUAUAAUACCUGGGUGAUGUCUUUGUGCGGGCUGAAAGGGAUACUGUUGAUUUUCGGUGUGUUUUUGGCCUGGGAGACCAGAAACGUACAUUAUCCUUCGCUUAACGAUUCGAAGAGCAUUGGCUUAGCAGUGUACAACAUGUUCAUGCUUUCUUGCUUAGCGAUUGUGGUUGGGUUUGUGGUUUGUCCUGCUCUUAAGACUCUGGUUCAAAGAUCGAUCGUGUUCGUGGCAGCCACGUCGACAGUUGCCCUACUCUUUGUCCCAAAGAUAAAGGUUUACAUGGCCCUCUCUGCGUCUGCAGAAGUCUCACGUGACUUUACAAGUCAUGUAUCUGAUAACUUGUAAUAGACAAUAUAGAUAUGAUUCAGUGGAAUGUGCGAGAUUCACAAUGUUUUGACACCGCCGACAGCAAGAUACAAGAUUUCAUAGUUACUCAUUUGUUAAAGAAAUGGACGCGAGUUUAAAGGAACAAGUCUUUAGAUGGCAAACUUCGCCCUCUUAAAGAGUACCUCAGAGGGGUUAACCGAUAGCCAUAAGACAGCCAAAAAAUUUAGGCGUUAGACGUAAAAAUUGUUAAAUUAAGUCGGGAGAAAAGUUAAUUAAAAAUGAAAUUCUGAUGACCACAAUGGAAAGAUACCGUUAAAAAAUGCACUGGGCUCAAUUUUUGAAACGCUAUCAAUUUUACCCGCGCUCUUUUCAUUUUCACCUUAUGAUCUUAAAAGCCACGAGCAUUUUCUUCUGACUGACCAAGUCUUUUUCUAACACAUUGGUUCAUGAGUGGGCUCAGCAUUGUUCAUCGAGCUAUGAAGCGCAUGGAAAUUUAGAGAACACGACAAAUCCAUUCGAGGUGCAGCCGUCAGGAACUCGAGCUCCUCGAGGCAUUUUAAAGAUGGUUCAUAACAGAGUUCCCUCUUUUGUGAUCCAUCAAAACAGUCCUAUCAAAUUGAAGCUUUUUUAAGUAAUAAGAGUAAUCGAGCUUCAUUUUCAUAAGGCUUUUAGAGAUCCAAAGAAAAAGACAGGAUAAUGUUGUAAUUACUUCAUGAAGGUGCUGAACACGACACGUUGAUUUUGCUGAGAGAUUUAGUAAUUUACUAAGUGAGUCGAUGUGGAGUCCUUUUCUUAACACCAAUGAGAGUCUAACUUAACAAUACAAAAAUUAAAUAGAGUUCAUAUAAUUAAUUUAAAUAAUUACAAAGCCCUUUUCACUCGGUAACCACUGGACGUGGUCAGUUUGUUAUUUCACCAACACUUCUUUCAGCAACUUCUGUAUAAUAAGAGAAAAAAAUUAUCCAAAAAAAAAAACGAUUUGGAGCAUCUUGUUUUUCUCAUUGCAAUGCGCUAUCUUCGCAUUG